AUGCUCCCCCGCAAACUCUCAAUCUUCAUCUCCUUCUUCCGCUUUGGCUUAGAUUUUCAGCACUUUCUGAUUCUCCUCACAUGUAUCGGUAUCACUUGUCUUGUCCUCCUCCCACUCAGCUACACCACCCGCCCCACCCCCACCAUCUACCUCCUCUCUCUCUCUCCUACGCCUCCUCUCUCCUCUCUCCCCUCCCCUAUCACCCAAACCCUCCACCGCAACAUCACCUCUCUCCUUCCCCCAAAUACUCAAAAUAGUUCUCUCAUCAUCCGCACCGGCUACCGAGGAAUAUGUAUGACUUCUGAACUCGCAAGUUCGAGAUGGGAAUGUGCCCAACGUGUCACGAAAUUAAAGGAUAUAAUCACGACCAUGACCACAGAUACCAAUAUUGAUAUCGAUCCCCUAAAUCUCCUCAAACUAGCCGAGUCAGUGAGGAAAAGAAUUGUAUUUGAUGGAUUACUUUACAUCUCCCUUGCCCUCACUCUCCUUCUCCUCCUUCUCCUCACCCUCAUCCCCCGCUGGAAAACCGAUCGAAACCCUGACACCGCCUCCGAACGCCAAGUAAAGGCCUUUCCCUCUCGGGUCCUCAGCAUCACACUCGGCCUAAUCAGCGGUUUCGCCUUCCUCUUCGCAUUUACAUCUAUUCUCUGGCAGCAUUUGACCGCGGUGACUGCUUCGCGGUUCAUCGAGCGGAUGAGUUAUGGAAGUGUGGUUGCGAGAGUGGGAACUGACGCUAUGGUCAUAGGAUGGCUGGUAGUAUUGAUGUUAUGGUUUGCGUUUAUGGGGUGUUUACUCAUGUUGAGUUUGAGGAAAGUGAGGAGAACUUUUGGGUAA